GAUCAGUAGUACAAACAAUACUACUAAAAUAAACUAAUCCGCCGAUACUCGUUUCAUUUAAUCUUGGCUGGUAUUGGUCACUGUUGGCAAUGGUAGUGGUUGGCAGCCGCAGAUUUGAUACCUGGUGAACGGGUGAACGUUAGAGGUUAUUUCGAGAUACCUCUGAAGUUUAAAUAAAAAUUAUAACUUAAGAACAAAAUGUCGUUCUUCCAAAAUUUGUUGAAACGUUACGUCCCGAUGGUGAAAGCAGAUGACGAAGAAAUAGUUGAUCCUCAACAAGUUCUUCGCGGAAAAUGUUCGGCAGAACCUAAAUGCGCUAGCCUACAGGGAAUGCUUGAUACUUGUACUGAUCGAGUUAAUUCAAGAACACAGACAGAGGAGACGUGUUUGGAAGAGUUAAUUGAUUAUAUUGAAUGUGUAGAUCAUUGUGUAGCAGAAACGCUCUUCACUAAACUGAAAUAAGAUUAUAAUCGAUGAGUAUGCAUAAAUGUUAUGAAGAAGUGUUAUCAAUUAAUUGAAUGCAUUGUAGAUAUAAUAAAUUCUAGGAAUAAAUAAUUUGCCAACACUC